AUGUCGUCUCUGAUCGAUCGAUGCGCGCAGAACAAGGGCCGGCCGCUGCCCAAGUUCGGGGAGUGGGACGUGAAGAACCCGGCGACGGCCGACGGCUUCACCGUCAUAUUCCAGAAGGCCCGCGACAACAAGAAGACCACCGGCGGCCCCGGGCAGUCCGGCAUCCCGCCGGCCUUCAGGAACGGCAACGGUUACGGCUACGGCUCCGGCUCCGGCUCCCCGUACAAAACCGGCAACAGCUACCCGUACUCGAGGGUGGCAUCGCCCAAACGUAUCAAGAAGAAGUGGUUCUUCUGCGGCAGCUUCUGAUUGUAUCGAACGCCAGGGCUAGCUGCUACUGUUGGUGAAAGAGAUAUGAAACCGGGCCACGCCAGAACCAGAAGCACAUAUUCGAUGGGAGGCCAGGGUGAAAGUUUUGGCAAUCGGGUGGCAUUUUUG